CAUUUUCUCUCUUUCCAGAUUGAAUCGGACGGUGAUCCUUGUCUCUCGACUCGUUCGAGCUUUAACGCCCUGACGUAGUUAAAUAAGACUUCCCAAUUAUCGGGUGCCACCUCUCUAAUCUUCUUUCUUUGCUUGCUAAUUUACACACUGUCUUCCCUCGCUACUCAGCUAAACUACGCCCGCCACCAUGAGUCUUCUCGAAAAGCUCUGGGACGAUACGCUCGCCGGUCCUCGCCCGGAGAACGGACUCGGUAAACUUCGUAAGAAACCAUCUUCCAAUCUCGGAUCUGGAUCCGACAACAAACCACCGCCCGACGGUGCUCGAGCGGAGGUUAGGGUUACGAGAAGCAUCAUGAUAGUGAAGCCACCUCAUAUUAUUAAUAAUCCGGACGGGACUCCUCCGGCUUCCCCGGCGGCAUCGCCGGCCGGUACUCCUCCGGUUUCUCCUUUUGCGAGUGCGGGGAGAGAGGCGUUUAAGCUGAUGCGUAGGAAGUCGUUGUCGGAUGCAUACGAGAAGCAGGCGGCAAAGAAAGGAGAGGGGAUUCGUCGCCCUCCUUUUAAUGAUGUUUGAUGACCCUUUCCUUUGUCCCUUACAAAAAUGUGUUAGUGUUGUGUUGUGUCGUGAAGAAAGCUAACACAUCUUGUUGUUUCUUAGUUUGAGACAAAUUAUGUAAUAUAUAUAAGUAUGUCAGUGACAGUGUUAACAUUGUAAAUUCAUGUGUUACUCUUUUUGCUUGCCAUGAAUGAACAAAAUCAAUGCUUUCUU